CGUGUCUCUUGAUUUUCUUUGAUAACCAUACUUCGAAUACAUUUCAAAUUGAACUCAAUAGAAAUUAACAUAAUAUUCUAAAAUUUUUCUGUCUAGGGUUCGACCGCUAGAGGUGUUUCGUCCGCUAUCGAUCUCGGUCGGGGAGCAGUGUUCUUUUCUUCCCCGACAAUUCGGUUGGGUUAUUGAGAGGGUUUCGAAGGAAGGAUUAGGUACGGAGUUGGGUGAGAUUUAGCAGCCCUUUUUCGAUUGUUAGUGUUUUGAAGGACAAAGGUUUUGAUUUGCGGAGGUGGUGAUUGAAUAGUAGCCGACCGAUUGUGGCUCGUGCAAGUUGGACUGCUACGGGCCAGAGGAAAUCGAAGGCGGACUCAAAUCGAGGGAGGAGUGUGAUUGCAUUGAACAAGUCGUGAACCAAUAUAAGAAGAUGUAGAUCGGCGAGGAUGUGGAAGAACUGGAUCUGGAUGAUGGAGAACUGGAUGAUACCCCAACAGAGGAGGUGUGGCCGACCUACCCGGUAGUCGGAUUUUUCCUAACAGGCAGAAAAUCAAAUUUCCAGUGUUCAAAGAGCUUAUGGCAUCGUUGUGGAGGCCGGGAAAGGGUGUAAUAAUCAAAGAAGUCAGUGACAAGAGGUAUCUCUUUACGUUUUAUGAUCCUGUUGAUAUGAAACGUGGGCUUGAUGGCGGACCAUGGCAGUUUGAGAGAAAUUUGUUGAUCUUGAAAGAAAUUAAACCUAAUGAUAUUCCGCAUAAGAUCUGUUUGAAUGAGGCUGAGUAUUGGGUGCAAGUGCAUAAUGUCCCGUACAGCUUAAUGAAUUUAGGUACAACAAGAUGGGUGGGUAAUUUUAUCGGAAAAUUUAUUAAUUAUGACGAUAAACAAUUUGGAGAAAAAUGGGAAUCAUAUAUGCAUAUUAGAGUAUGUAUGAAUGUGAAGCCCCUGAAAAGGGGCACUACCCUAAAGAAAGAAGGCAUCGGGUAUUGGGUGGACUUUAAGUAUGAGAGGCUGCAAAAUUUUUGCUUUGUAUGCGGCAUCAUAGGUCACUCUGAAAAUUUUUGUCUGUUGGCGUAUGAAGAAGAUUUAGUGUUGGAUAAAAGAUUUGGAGUACAACUCAGAGCAGGUAGCAGAGUGAAGACAAGUCCUACAUGUGGGAGUAAAUGGCUAGUGGACGGGUCCUCAAGCUCGAGCCGAGGUCCUCAUAUUAAGGAGGACAACAAGUCAGAUGGAAGGAGGGAAGGAAUAAACGGUGGGUUUAAUCAGAAGCUCAACCAAAGAUGUGUUUGUGGGAGUUAACGAGGAGAUAACGGGGGAACAAAAAUGCAGACGCAUCCGGGAGGCGGUGGAAAAAGAGAACCAGGUGGGAGAUAGUAUGGUACUGGAUGGGAUAAAAAAUGGUGAGGAGGCAGGCUUAGAUGGGCUAAGCCCGCCAUCGUCAAUGAUGCAGAGGUCUACACCAGGGAGUUGGAAUUUAGUGGUUUUUGGAAGACUGAAUGAAGUCUUUUACUUUUUUGCUUUUGUUUAUUUUAAUGGUCUGUUUUUGUUAGUUUAUAUUUGCUUCUUUUAUUUCGGUUGUAAGACUGUGGAUUUGAUUUUGGAUGUGGGUGAUGAUUUGACUGUGAUGACCAUCUUUGGCUCAUUUGUGCCCGUAAAUGGAUCAACGAGUUAUAUUGCUGCAACGAUUAAUCUGAGUCUGGUUUGAGGGACGACGGUUUUCAUGAGUCUUUUUGUCGGAUUACCUACUAUCUAAAUGGUGUGUUAUCAAUAAAAAGUAGAUUAUUGGAAAAAAAGCGGGUUCCUGAGGAAAGGCUCUCAGAACUCUCAGAUUAGGUAAUUUGCCGCACAUCUCAAAUCGGAGGCUACGACAAGUGAAUUACGGCAAUCAGUGAUCUUCAAUCAAGAGAUUUCAAAUUGAUUCCAGAGUUGUUGUAAAGUUUCGAGAAAAAGCGGUCAUCUCCCUACGAUAGUUAGGGUUUCGUUUUUCC